CGAAACGCAGUUUCAGUCGCGACGUCUACCGAUCCAAGGCAACGAUGGAGCAUGGCGAAGCAGGCGGAGCUCCAGAGUCCAAUGGCAAUCCGUUCACGCUUCCGUCGGACGAAGAAGUGUUCCGCAUGCGAGACGACAUCAAGAAGAAGAAGGAAGAGGAGCGUGUGCGCAAUGCCAACCUGAAAAUCCACGAGAAAAUCACACAUUCGUCCCAGCGAGGCAACAUCCGCCGCUUCCACUUUGAAGAAUCGUCGCAAGAUUUGGGCACGAUCACACAGUCAAAGCAAACCCGAGGGUUGGUCGCGGCGGCCACGGCGGCGAUUUCCAGUGACCGAAGGCGGGAAAAGGAGAACAUGACGGACUUCAUCUCGAAGAAGCGCGAAAUGUUCUUGGUGCAGAUGUCGCUCGACACAAAACGAGAAGAGAUCCGAAAACUCGAAGAGAAGGCGCAACUAAAGGAAGAAGCGUUGAAGAAGAGCGAGUUGAUGCUUGAAGAAGACGCGGUGCGGUUCGACACGUUCCUCAAAGAGAACGAUAAGAAGGCCCACGAAGCAAUCAAGAAGGCUGAGAAGGAAACCAAGGCCAAGGCGGACCGAGUGCAGGAGAUCAAGAAAUUGAACCAACAGAUCCAGUUGGUUCAGAGCGACAUGUCCAAGUUGAAGGAGCAAUUGGACGACUGCCUCAAGUACAAGGCCUUUCUGGACGAGUUAACACCCCCGGAGUGGGAGUCGGAGCAAAAAGACAAGAAAGCAAAGCGGCAACAAGAGCGCCUUCGAAAGAAGAAGGCCAAAGCGGUAGCCGAGUGGGAAGCCAUCAAAGCCAAAGCAUCCGCCGAACAAGAAGAGCGGGAUCGCAUCGAACGCGAGCGGAAUGUUGACAAAGACGGCAAAGCCAAGAAGAAACCCGACAAGGCCAAGAACGCGGCGGCCGCUCCCAGUGUCUCGCCACCGAUGCCAAACUUGGACGAGGUGGCGGUCACGAGUAGCGGCGAAGAGCUGCCCAUGUACUUUCAGAAUCCCCAGCAACUUUUGGACAUUUUCACGGCGCUCGAGGAAAGCAACUUGUUUCUUAUCCAAAACAGCCAAGAAACCGAGCAAUCGCUCGAAGAACUCAAGCAAAACUACCGCGAAACCAAGAAAAAGAUGAACAAAAAGACCCAACUAUUGAAGCAAAACAUUGACGACUUGAAAGACCAGAUUGGCGUCGAAGAUGCCAAGGCCAACCACUUGCGACAGCGGGCACAAGCUGGCACGGGCGAGAACGUGCAAGAGAAGAUGCUCAAGGAACUGCAUGACAAGGUGUUGGUCGUGUACCAACGCUGCGGCUUCGAAGCUGACUCGAACCCAAACACGCUGUUCAUGCUCACAGACCUGGAAGCUCGGCUCGAAGAUCUCCUCAGCGCCAUCGAGCACAUGCCCGAGGACUACGUGGUCAAGGCCGAGAAAGAGAAGGAGAAGGAGCGACGAGAACGCGUGCGCCAGGAGCGUAUCUCGCAACAGACCAAGAUGUACGAAGAACGCAUGAAGAAAUCCAUGGAGCGUAGCAUGCAAGCGCCAAAGAAGAGGAAGGGACGACAAGUCAUGUGGCGGUCGCAGCCCCAGCGACAGACCAAGCUGCAAGAGAACGAGAGCAGCGUAAACGACGACGAUCAGGCUGACCAGCAACACUUCAAGUGGUAGAUGUCGUCGUCAUUAGGGUCAUUAUGGUCAUUACCUGGCAUAGUUCUUGCAUAGGCCCUGUUCGGGCAACUUGUCGCGUGAUCUAACAUGUAAAUGCAUAUGGACCCAUCGAGAGACCUACAUUCCUG